AUGUCAAGAGGAACCUCAACUGCGAGCUCGGUGCAGCUUGUUGGUUUGGAUGAAGAGAGCUCAGAAUUCAUUUGCAGGAACACCUUUGAUCACCCCUACCCUACCACAAAGCUUAUGUGGAUCCCAGACACCAAGGGAGUGUAUCCAGACCUGUUGGCAACCAGUGGUGACUAUCUGCGCGUGUGGAGAGUGGGUGAAACAGAGACCCGGCUGGAGUGUUUGCUGAACAAUAACAAGAACUCCGAUUUCUGUGCUCCACUAACAUCAUUUGACUGGAAUGAAGUGGAUCCUUACCUUCUAGGUACCUCUAGUAUUGACACAACCUGCACUAUUUGGGGUCUGGAGACAGGGCAGGUUCUGGGAAGAGUAAAUCUGGUCUCUGGUCAUGUGAAGACCCAGCUUAUUGCACAUGACAAAGAGGUGUAUGACAUAGCAUUUAGCCGUGCAGGUGGUGGGAGAGAUAUGUUCGCUUCAGUUGGUGCAGAUGGCUCGGUGAGGAUGUUUGACCUCCGUCAUCUGGAACACAGCACCAUCAUUUAUGAGGACCCACAGCACCAUCCAUUGCUGCGUCUCUGCUGGAAUAAGCAGGAUCCCAACUAUCUUGCUACAAUGGCCAUGGAUGGCAUGGAGGUUGUGAUUCUAGAUGUCAGAGUUCCCUGCACUCCUGUUGCCAGGUUAAACAACCACAGAGCAUGUGUAAAUGGAAUUGCUUGGGCACCUCAUUCUUCGUGCCACAUUUGUACAGCAGCGGAUGACCAUCAGGCUCUCAUCUGGGAUAUCCAGCAAAUGCCUCGUGCCAUUGAGGACCCUAUCUUGGCCUAUACAGCAGAGGGAGAAAUCAACAACGUACAGUGGGCAUCAACUCAGCCAGACUGGAUAGCUAUCUGCUACAACAACUGCCUGGAGAUUUUGAGAGUGUAACAUUACUGCUUCAUGCCACACUGAGGCAGGGCUGUAUAAUUUCCCCUCCCCUCUAAAGUAAGAACAACACAAGUAAAGUGGCCAGUAUCUGUUGUUGCUUUGCAUCUACUGUUACAAGAAACUGUUACAAGAAUCAAUGGCAGGUGUCUCCUGUCGCUCCAAGACUCUAAAAUGCAGAGACAUGCUGAGCCUCUUGGACCUUCUGGGUUCUCAUUUUCUUUUUUUUUUUUCCUCAGUUAAAGUUCUGUAUAUUGGUUUGUUGACUGUAUUAAUAAGCUUGCAGGCUUUUAAGUUGCUGCAUAUGUCCAUGUGUUUGUCAGCCAGCUGAGGCAGCACAUCAACUAGUUUAAUAGAUGCAAGUGCAAAACAAGGUGAGGAAAGAGACAUUGAUGUUAACAGCCACCUUGGCAGGAAUCUUUUAUCAUUCCUGUUGUUGCUGCCUCUAAACUGUUUAAACGUUUGUAUGGUUUUUAUAUAUUGGGCAAACUUUCUACUGAGUAAGGUUUUUCUCCCUAAUUCUUACUUUUGAUAUGUGGUCCACUUCCAGAUGCCCAAAGCAAGAUCUAUUCGUUGAAACAGAUCACAAUAACACUGCAGGCUCCCUGGCAGUAAAGGCCUGCCAGAAUUAACUGUUGCCUUGGCUCUCUAUACCUGGUUACCUGGGCAGAAUUUUCUGGUGCUGUGAAGUACAAGUACUUGUUGCACAAUUUCUUUACACUUUUCUGAUGCUAGAGGCAGUUGUUGCUAUGGUAGGCCUUAUUUUUAAAUUAUAACUGAAUUUGUGUUUAUCUUGCAGUUGUGUUAGCUAACAGAACGGUAAUAGGUUUCAGAAAGAAGAUAGUGCAUAACUUAAGCUCCCAGGAGGUAAAGGACUCCUGAAAAAAUGUGAUUUGUAAUGGACUUGGGAUUGACACUUCCAAUCAAAAGAUCUCCCCUCAGAAGACUUACUAUCUAAACCAAAAUAAAAUGGUUUCACACUUUGUAGCUUGCUUGAUGGGCAAAUAAUGUGAGCAAGAUUUUUGUGGUUAGCCUGUACCUUGGAGCUUCUUUUCGUUUGGCCCGUGUUCCUGGGAGUUCUUGAAAGGAGUGCACAGCAAUCUUUUUCCCAAAGUGUAUUCGCUUUGUACUGUCAGGUCUUGUUGAAUGAGCGAGAUGACUUGGAAGAGCUGGUUCACUAUCGAGAUGAAAGCUGUUUCUCUGAAAGAAAUUAUUCC